UGUGCUCUCACGGGAGCCACAACAUAGACUGGGUAAGACACUGAACUCUGGGACUGGGACAGGAGGGGCAGGGAUGGGGCAGUGUGUGGAGAAAAGGAACUGAGCUCACAGUGCCAGCAGAGGGCCUUCAGGAGGAGACAGGAAAAACUGAGCCAAGAUGGGGAGUAGUUACUUCUCUUCUGUUCUCACAGGACACAUGGGUGUGAAGCUGCUUGAGUCUGGACUUUGUCUCCUGCUGCUGCUGGGACUUGUCAUAAUGGUUGCCUCAUUCCAGGUCCCACAGAAUUUAACCCCUUCCCAGUGGUUUGAAAUCCAGCAUGUAAAUAAUAGGACCAACCUCCGAUGUACUCCUGCAAUGCAGGGAGUUAACAAUUAUACAGGACGAUGCAAGGACAAGAAUUCUUUCCUUCAAACAAGUUUUGCUGCUGUUGUUAGUGUGUGUGGCAGGAGAAAUACUACUUGCCAUAAUGGCCUUACAAAUUGUCAUAAUAGUUCAGCUCCGGUAUCUUUAACUUACUGUAACCUCACAAGUUGGUCAAGCAAUUUUACACAAUGUAGAUACCAAACAACACCAGCAACAAAGUUCUACAGAGUGGCUUGUGACAACAGAAAGCCACAGGACAAUCCUACCUACCCAGUGGUUCCAGUUCACUUGGAUGGGUUAUUUUAGCUCCAGUACCAGCACUUUGUACCUUCGCUCUGUCUGCUGCCUACACAAUCCAACACUGGUGAAAAUCCAAUUCCUCUGCACUGUCUGUCCUGUGAAACCUAUUCCUGACUCCCUUCAAAUUUUCUGAACAGAUCUUUUCUACUCAAUAAAUAGCUUUGCAUACUCA